UCUCUUUUUCUUUUCUUCUGGAGAGAGAAAGAGAAAGAAGAGAGAGAAAGUAGGCGUUAAUAAAAAGCCUACCUUUUUUGCCAAUUCAACUGUCUUCUCCGUGUUCAACUCGCGUUCUACCCAGCCUCACACCACGACUUCCACCAUUUUCCCCAAUCAAUCAAUCAAUCUUCUCUACACAAAAAAAUAAUUUAUUUCAAUUCUUAAUUUCAGCGAUUUUUAAGGGAGAUUCAUCUUCUCUGAUUCAACAAUUUUUAACUUUUUUUUGUUUGUUUAUUGUUCAAUUAUUGACGAAGAAUUUAGGGUUUUCUGUGUUUGAUCGAAAUCGAUCUAAUUGUAAAUUUGAUUAUUAAUUAAUUUGAGGAAAAAUAAAAUUAGGGGAAUUUUGAGGUGAAUAUUGUAUAUGAGAUUGAUUUGUGACGGAAAUGAUGUUGACCUUAUUAGAUGUGUUGUAAAGUAAUAUGGCCUUGGUUGUUCAUUGCUUAAAUCAUGUCGCUUUACAUCGGUCGCGAAGCUUCAAAGCUAUGGAAGAGAUUUUGUGCGGAAGUAUCAACCGAAGUCAAUCUUCUUUUGGAACAUUGGAAGUACAUUUUAGGAGGACUUGUUUUUCAGUACAUUCACGGUUUGGCUGCACGAGGUGUUCAUUAUAUACAUAGGCCUGGCCCAACACUUCAGGAUGCGGGUUUCUUUCUUCUUCCUGAACUUGGAGAAGACAAGGCUUACAUUAGUGAGACUGUAUUUUCCUCCAUAUUUAUAGCCUUUGUUUUGUGGACUUUUCACCCGUUCAUUCUCAAAAGCAAAAGGUUCUACACAGUUCUAGUGUGGUGCAGGGUCCUUGCAUUCCUAGUUGCAUCACAGUUUCUUAGGAUCAUCACAUUCUAUUCUACACAGCUUCCUGGUCCAAACUACCACUGCCGCGAAGGUUCAAAACUAGCUACUCUCCCACCUCCACACAGUGCAUAUGAGGUCCUUCUGAUUAACUUUCCUCGAGGGGUUCUCUAUGGCUGUGGUGAUCUCAUUUUUUCAUCGCAUAUGAUCUUUACUCUUGUGUUCAUUAGGACCUAUCAGAAAUAUGGCUCUAAGAGGUUAAUUAAGCAGUUGGGUUGGCUACUUGCUGUGGUCCAGAGUUUAUUGAUCAUUGCAUCUCGCAAACAUUAUACCGUGGAUGUUGUUGUGGCGUGGUAUACGGUCAAUCUGGUUAUUUUCUUUGUUGACAAGAAACUUCCUGAAAUUCCUGACCGAUCCAGUGUCGGUGCAUCUCUUUUGCUUCCCAUAAGCAACAAAGAAAAGGAUAGCUGGAACAAGGAGGAAAACCACAAGCUAUUGAACGGAAACUCCGUAGAUCCCAUGGAUAGGCGACAACGAAAUGGAAUGAAUGGGAAGAACCUCGAGGACGGACUUGCAACUCACAAUGAAAGUGCAAUUAAUGGUGCAUAGAUGAAGUGUCUGCAGCAACUAAUUAUGAUUGAAUCCUGUGUUUAGGAGUUUGGAUGGAUGGUCUUGUUAAUUCUGAUUUUAAAAUAGAAUGAAAUUUUGGUUACUGAGAUUAAUCAUUUGCCUCGUCCAUGUAGAUUCUGUUAUGUAUAAAAAAUUCCAAAUUUCAAAUUAAUUCAGUCUGUUAGAUCAGUAAAAGUACAAUAUAGAAUCCUUCUGAUGAGUAGUCAGUGCGUAAAUAAUGGUGCCUCCAGUUGUUUCUUC